GCAACUGUCAAAUUAUUCUGAAUCUGUCAUUCAUAAUCCGGCAAAGCUACUUUAUUUUUGAUAAAUUGUGUUUAAAGAGAAUUCAUAGGAAUUCUGAAGACAAAGUGCAUUUGAUUAAAGUAUUAUAUUCUAUCAAAAAUGGCUCGGCGUUAUGAUACAAGAACAACAAUCUUCUCACCUGAAGGAAGGCUAUAUCAGGUUGAAUAUGCUAUGGAAGCUAUAAGUCAUGCUGGCACCUCACUUGGGAUCCUUGCAACUGAUGGAAUCUUGCUAGCAGCUGAACGCAGAAAUACCAACAAACUCCUAGAUGAAGUGUUCUUCUCUGAGAAGAUAUACAAGUUAAAUGAAGAUAUGGUCUGCUCUGUUGCUGGUAUUACAUCUGAUGCUAAUGUAUUGACUAAUGAGCUGCGGUUGAUAGCACAGAGGUAUUUGCUGCAGUACGGAGAGUCAAUACCUUGUGAACAACUUGUAUCGUGGCUUUGUGAUGUUAAACAGGCUUAUACACAGUAUGGAGGUAAGAGACCCUUUGGAGUAUCCAUUCUCUACAUGGGGUGGGAUAAACACUAUGGCUAUCAGCUUUACCAGUCUGACCCAAGUGGCAACUAUGGAGGCUGGAAAGCUACUUGCAUAGGAAAUAAUAGCGCUGCUGCAGUAUCCAGUCUUAAACAGGAAUACAAGGAAAAUGAAACAACUUUGGAUGAGGCACAGGCUUUGGCUAUCAAAGUGCUCAGCAAGACUUUGGACAUGACCAAACUCACCCCAGAGAAAGUGGAAAUGGCUACUCUUACGCGCAAAGAUAAUAAAACUAUUAUAAGAGUCCUCACAAGCGCUGAAGUUGAGAAAUUGAUUACCAACUUCGAAAAGAGUGAAGCUGAAGCGGAAGCUGCCAAGAAACUGCUACCCAAAUCGUAAUUUUGUAUUUUUCAAAUAAAGGUCUAUCUUAUCAACUGCAGAUUACAUUUUUUUCACUAAA